GGUGCGGUGCGGUGCGGUGCGGGCCGCCGCGGGGAUCCGCUCCGCUCGCCGCCGCCGCCGAGGUCGCCAUCUUCACCUCCGCCCCGGCCGGGCUCGCCGGCAGCCCGUGAGGGGCCCUGCGCCGCGCCGCGCCCGCCCCGCUGCAUGUGACCGCGCCGGCCUCCCCCGCCGGCAUCGCCCGCAGCCUCCUCCAGGAGGGCGGCGGGGACGGGGCGCGGCGGGCGGGCAGACAAAGGAGCGGAGCGGAGCGGGCAGCGGUCGGCGGAGCGCGGCGAGCCGGGGCUCCUCCCGCGGAGGUCGGGCAUGAAUUGAACCGUUUUCAGCGACGUGCACCUGAACGGGCUUCUCUCGCACCCGGUGCAAAGACAUCCUUCGUAUACUGGCUACAUCCUUCGCCUGGCUACAGCGCGUUAAUGUGAAGCAGCGUGUGCAGCCUGCGGUUCAGUUGCGUUCUCUUUGAGGGAGGAGGUCUAUGUUCAGCUGAGGUUGAAUUAGUUGGUUCUCCUGCCUUUAUCUCAGUUAUCGGCCACAUACACUUCGAGUACAAGAAUUGGGGAUAUCUUCAGUGAAUGACUUGCUGCUUACAGAAAGGACUAGAAUAACUGAAGUUGUGAAAUACAGGUUCACUUAACGCUAGGGACCAAAGAAGCGUACGUAACAUUUCUGUGGUGCUGGGACCAACCUGCUGAAAGAAUACUCUGAAAUAAUUUUCUAACUUCACCGUGUUUUCCUGGAACUGAUUUGUCUUCAGAGAAAAGCUCGAGAGAAAAAGAAAUUCACAUUGGAACAAUUAUAAAUAAACCUAUGUAAAGAACUUACUACCUGGAGAUACGUUUACAGAAGUCAAGUCCUGCUUUUCAUCUGCGUACACACUUCAGACUGUAAACAAUGAGCGAGUUCUGGUUGUGUUUCAACUGCUGCAUUGCAGAACAGCCUCAGCCUAAAAGACGACGGCGCAUUGACCGAAGCAUGAUCGGGGAGCCAACAAACUUUGUUCACACAGCUCACGUAGGAUCAGGAGACCUAUUCAGUGGAAUGAAUUCGGUGAGCUCAAUUCAGAACCAAAUGCAGUCCAAGGGAGGCUAUGGAGGUGGCAUGUCUGCAAACGUUCAGAUGCAGCUUGUAGAUACAAAGGCAGGAUAGCCUUGGGGAUAUCUUUCCAGUUUAUGUGAGUUCCUGUAUCUUCUUUCCUGUGUCCCCUCUUUUGCCUUGGUGACUGCUUUCUGUGUUCAUGACAAGAGAGAAUCGAUGGCUUAUUGUUCACCCUUUGUGAUUACUCCAGUGAAAAGUUGCUGUUCUGCUCUGAUGAUGCCAUUUUUCAGAUUGGUCCGACGGUGCCUUUCGGUGGCAUGCACACAUUGGCCUCUACCAGUACCAUGGACAUAGAGCUGUUUAGGAUUAUUUUUAGGUUUUGCUUGUUUGUUUUAAGGCAAAUGAAAGCACCAACCUUAGCUUCCCUCAUCUCUCACAAAUACUAAUGCACAGCAUUUUGUUGCUCUUUAUUCUUUAAGUCUUUUCUUCACUCAAAUAAUUUAGAAAUGAGUGAGUUUUCAUUAAUGUUUUUAGUCACCCAUUGUUCAUAUCCAUUUUUGAAAGGUCUUGGACCUGCAAGCACAAAUGAUUAUUUCAUACAAAAUCAGCAGAGUAGAUGACCGCAUGCUUUGUGAGGUUGCUUUGUAUGGUGGCCCGUUUGGUGCCAGAAAAAAAAAAAAAAUCGCUUACUGCGGACUGAUGAUACUGUUGCUGGUGAAAAAUUUUGCUGUGGCACCAAGUAAUGCCUGUUUCUGAAAAAGGACGUGUAACUUAGCUGCUUCAGAGUUAUGUCUUUAUUUUAGUUUUUAUCCAACUGGUCUUGAAAUAAUAAAGAGAGAGCUUGCAUUCAUAAGGCA